AAAAUAUGUUAGAAGUGUCAAAAUUGGUAGUGUAUGAGUGUAAGGCUAGAUAAAUACCGCCUAUAGUACUCCAUUCAGGGACUCUACUACUGUGACUCCCGACUCCAAGUUCAAGUUCAAGUUCUCACUCCAAGACCAAGAUCAAGGCGGCCGGGACGGGAGAGAUUAGUCAUCAUGGCUACCAUAGAUGUCUCAGGAAUGAGUGAGCAGAUCCAGGCAGAGGUGCAAGUCAAGCAGUUCAGGGAUUUCUUGGUACAGUACAACAAGCUGAGUGAGAGCUGCUUCAAUGCCUGUGUGUGGGACUUCACUUCACGCAGCGUCAGAACCAGUGAGGAGAACUGCGUACAGAACUGUGUGGAGAAGUACACCAAGGUAACACAGCGCAUCUCUGAGAGGUUUCAGGAACUUCAGAUGCUGACCAAUGAAAAUGCUGCUGCAGCAGCCCAAAAGUUGGGCAAAUUAUCUACGAUGUAAUAUUUAUAUAUUUUUUAUUUAUUCUUAAAUGCAAUGUAGGAUGAUUUGUAUUUAUAAUAAAGUAAUUUAUUGUACAGAAGGACUGAACUUAUAUUACAUAACUUAAAAUUAUCAAAGGCAAACUUGGAGGCAUACACUAAAGUUGCAUGUGGCCUCAAUGCUCAUCUCCAUCACAUUGGCCCUUGAGUGUGUGGUGGGUAAUAACCCAUUACCCCGGGACACGGACAGUGUUGCUAAAUAUUCUGAUAUGUGCUGUUACCUUUUAUAUAAAUUGUUAGUAGGAGAGCAAGAGGUGAAAUUUUGUAAUAAAUAUGAUUCCAUGA